AUGGACGAGAGCAAACCCCUGAAGGUCCGGCUGACGUUCUCCGUGAUCCUGGUUGGCAUCUCGCUCCUCUUUGCAGCCGUAGUGACUGACCACUGGGCCGUACUGAGCCCCAGAGCGGCUAACGCCACCUGCUGCGCCAGGUUUUCGGGAGACCUCCGGCUAACGCCACCUGCGCACGGACUCUGUACAAAGCGGAUUGUUAUGCAGGAGCAAGGUCCCAAAGGGAAGGGCUGUGGGCCGAUAAGCCUGCCAGGAGAACACAACUGCUCCUACUUCAAGCACUUCACACCAGGACAGAGCUCGGAGAUAUUUGAAGUAACCACCCAGAAAGAAUACAGCAUUUCAGCUGCAGCCAUUGCCAUCUUCAGCGUUGGCUUUGCAAUCAUCGGAACAAUCUGCGUCCUCUUAUCCUUCGGGAAGAAGAGAGACUAUCUGCUGAAGCCAGCAUCCAUGUUCUACACCUUUGCAGGUCUCUGCAUCAUCAUCUCUGUUGAAGUCAUGAGACAAUCCGUGAAGAGGAUGAUCGACAGCAAGGAGACAGUCUGGAUCGAGUACAGUUACUCCUGGUCCUUCGCCUGUGCCUGCGCCUCCUUCGUCCUGCUCUUCAUCUGCGGCAUCAUCCUCCUCCUGAUCGCGCUGCCUCGCUUCCCCCAGAACCCCUGGGAGACCUGCAUGGACGCAGAACCGGAGCACUGA